AUGGGAAGUCGCCCCUCCGCCAGGGCCAAGCAGUGGCACUCCGCCCAGCAUCAGGAGGUCUUCCACGUCGACCAAACUUUGGUUGGCCGCAUCAUCGGCAAAAAGGGCGACAACGUUCGCGACAUCCGCGAACGACACGGUGUUGAGGUGUGGAUUGAGGAUCCUCGCAGAGACAGCACUGCCUGCAGGGUGACCGUGUGUGGGCAGACACCAGAGACCGUGAAAGCGGCACGCGAUGAACUGGAGUUCAUCACCGUGUCAAUUUCGGUGGACAGCGAGCAUGUUGGAUGGAUCUUGGGCAAGGGCUACCAGACCAUCACGGACAUCGCCUCCAAGACAAAGCUCCACCACGCUAGAUACGAUGACAAGUCCAAGACAUUGGAGCUUUGCGGCUUGCGCAGCCAGGUCGAGGACGCCAAGCUCAUGAUCUCGGUUCAUCGCGAGUAUCUCCCAGUAUACAAAGACAUGGACGAGGAGCAACAUGCCAUUCAGCAGUCCUUCGACCAGCUUGACGGUGUGGCGAACACCAAGGGCAAGGGAAAGAAAGGGGAGAAAGGAAAGGAAUCCAAGGGCGAAGGGAAGGGCGAAGAUGACGAGGGAGGGAAGACGAGGAAGGGGGAUGAGCCGUCGGGUAGAGGCUGGAAAGGAAAAGAUGGUAAGGAAGGAAAGGAGGGCAAAGGCAAGGAAGGGAAGGAAGGGAAGGAAGGGAAGAAGGGCAAGGAAGGGAAGAGCAAGGGAGGCAAAGAAGGCUCAUAUGGCAAAGAUGGCAAAGCAUCCAAAGGUGGAGACGAUGGAUAUGCGCCGAGAGAGGACAACAGAAGCGGCGGAAAAGGUGGUGGGAAGGAGCAUGGAAAGGAGAAUGGCAAGGAGAGUGGAAAGGAAGGUUCGAAAGGUAGCGGCAAGGACAAAGGUAAGGCUGGGUCCGAAGGCAAGGACAGGGAAAGAGAUGGAAAGGAAGGCAAAGGUAAUGUUUCAAAAGAAGGCAAAGGCAAGGAGGGUAUCGAUGCUAAAGGAAAAGAGCCCAGAGAAGGCAAGUCUGCGAAGGGCAAAGAUGAAGGAAAGGAAAGGGGCGAAGGUAAGAGCAAAGGCAAGUACAGUCAUGAUGAGGAUGGCAAAGGUGAUGGCAGAGAAGCCAAAGGAGAAGGAAAAGGAGGCAAGAAAGGAAAAGGAAAGACCGGAAAAGGCCGUCAGCUUGCCGACAUGGGCAGUGACAUCGACUUUGGGGAUUGGACUAUGGAAGUGCUCAUGAAGUUAGAUGGUGGAAAGCACCCGAGCACAGGUGGUGGCCGGACGUCGCACAACGUUGUCAUGAGCGGCUGGCACAACGCCCCCACCUUCUGCCAGAGGUGCUCCUUGCUAUGGACAAGUCCAGGUUACAAGGAGCAGUGGGAGCGGCACACGCCUUUCAUCGCUGGUUGUCUGGAGGCCCUCUUCAUCGGACCCGAUGGAACAGAGGUGAGAGCGGAUGUGGCCAAGGCAACAAACGUGUGCCAUCUGCGUCUCGAAGCAUGCAAGUCGAGCCGUCUCCGAUCGUCGGGGCUUGUUGGAGUUAUGUCCUCAUACGAGCUAUCUUUCACGGAAGUUGCAACUGGCAAGGUCUUGACAGACAGCUGUGACCUCUCCAGUUCUAAAGAUGUCAAAUUAAGAGUAUCAACCUGUCUGUCCGACAUGAUCUUGGCUGGGCGACUGCGGCUAAUAUAUGCAGACGGGAGAGCGUGCGAAGCAGAUGUCAAGCAUGCUUAUCACCUGCGUCAAAUAUUCGAUUGUGUCGCGAAGCAUACGUCGAGACCCCCUGAGUUCGUUAGAAUCUUCGCGGGCUGUAAACAGGGAAUGGUGCAACUGCGCUAUACCCAGUCAUGGAUCUGUGGGCCGGACGACGAAGUCGUGCUUGAGGUGCAUCUGCGAGAAACCAUAGCUGAGCUGUGGUCUUCUCAGAGGCUUUCCCUACUGCGUGAUGGGCAGGACUGGCAUGUAGAUCUCUCGAAGACGUGGACACUGGAGCAGGUGCGAGAAGUCCUGGCACGUGAGACGCUUCGCCCUUCCCGCUUUGUCCGAUUUGCGUCGGAAGACUUGUACCAUAAGGCUUGGAAUCUCGACAUUGGACAGAGCAUGAACCUUGAAGUGCAGAUAUGUCCAACUGUUGCAGAACUUGUGAACCAAAGCGGGGUGAAGAUCGUCAACUGUAUGACCGGCGAUGAAAUCGAGUUGGUUGCAAAGGAAGCAUCGUGCCUCGAAUCCAUCCAAGAUUUGCGUGAGCACAUUGCUCGUUGUCGUAAACUGCGUGCCACUGCUGUGACUCUGCUCGCUAAUGACAAACCGCUAUGGGAUGCCGAUCUCUACGAUCUUUGCGCGAUCAGCGCAGGCAGCACGAUAGGUGUUUGCCUACGUGACCCCAAGCUCUGUGAACAGGGGCAGCACGAGGAAUUGGUUUUCUGCAACAACGGCUACAACGACAAGGUUUGUAUCCACUGCGGUCCAGAAUGGUUAAUGGAGCGCCGCACGCUUGAACCUGCACGAGUAUGGCGCCAGUAA